AUGUCCCGCAAUAAACACCCUCUCCCGGCCUCUCUCCGCGAUAUCUUAACCAAUUCCGCGGCGGCAACCCUUGAAACAUUUGACCCCUGGAACUCAGCAUCAACUGGCCAUCAACGAGCGGAAAAAUUCCAUUUUGGGGAUGACACAGGUCGUGGUGGUGGAGUUGGCGACGGUGAGUGGGGUUGGGUGUCUUCAGCGCAGUGUGGAGAGGCUAGAAGGAGAGAAGGAGGAUCCGGAGAUAUCAGAUCUUUAAUGGGUGGUGUUAAAAAGAGGAGAUUACACGGAGGGAGAGUGGACAUGAAGCAAGUCAUUGCGAAGGACAGCAUCGAUGGCGGCAUUACCGAAGGAAACGGAGCGUUCGCUCUUGAUGAUUCGGGAACUGGAAGUGACAGGAAUGACAGAUGGCUAGAAUGA